AUGUCACUGAACAGCGUGGUGAAUAACCUAGUCCGUGCAGCAGCGGGCAUAUCGACCUCUAUAUCAGACUCGGAUCUAGAUGCUCACGUAGCCAAGUUACUAGCCGAAGAAGCUAAAGCAAGAGAAUUGAAAUGGAGUGAACUUGGUUUGACUGGAUUAUUAGGUAGUUCAUUAGAUAGGAAUGGAUCACCAGAUACGAAUCUACCGAAAACGAAUAAACGAUUCUUGGCCUCGGUGAUACGUACAGUAGAUGGACAUAAUUCCGCUUUAUUGAAAUCACAAGCUCAAGCCGCUCAAGAUGCGAGACAAGAUAGAAGAGGAGGAGGAGAAUCAUCGUCUUCUUCCACGAGAGGAGGUAGAGGUGUCGGUAAUAGAUUAUUCGGAGGUGCAUUGAAAGACAUGGGAAGGAAUAGUGGACUUAAAGGAAAAGAGAGGGAGAGAGACAGCGGUAAUGAGAGAAGCUCAAGGAGACAUCAUGAUGAUACUGAUGAUAGACAUAGACAUACUUCUAGAAGGGAAAGAAGGGGUGAUCGAUAUGACGAUGAGCGGAGCGAUAGAUACCGCUCUGAACGGGACGGAGAUAGAGAUAGCGAUAUGCAUAGAGACCGAACGAUAAGACAUAGGAACGAUGAAAACGGACACAGCGCACGUCGUCUUCGACACGAUUACCCAGAUGAAGAAGAGUAUACCAAUUACGCAGAACAAAGUCAUAUCAAUAAUAAUCAACGUCGAAGCAUUUCACCCAUUAUCCAAGAUCGAAAAGCUCAUCCUCCCCAACAUCGGUCAAAUCCUCCUUCCCCCCCUCGAUCGCCCUCGCCCGCUCCAGCACCCAUAUCGAAGAUGGACAAAUAUUUCAGUCAAACCUACGAUCCAAGAUUGGACCUUCCUGCUGUACCUAAAGAAGGGAUGAUCCAAGAUGUAGGAUGGGAUAAUAUGUUGGCUAUCUUGAAGGAGAAGGGUAAGAAGAGACGAAACCAAUCACCAACAUUAUCAGAUUCGAUCCCCGCUCCACCACCAGGAGUUCUUCCUUCCAAAAGAGCGUAUUCUCCAGAUACAUUGUCUAGGAAAUUGGAAAAGAAAGACAGGAGGAUCCGCAAAGAAGAGCGUAGGAAAAGGAGAGGUUCAGAUUCAGAUUCAUCUGAAAAUGAGAGGGAAAGGAAGAAAGAGAAGAAAAGGAAAGAGCGUCAAAAAGAUAAAGAAAGAGAAAGACAAGAUGAAUUGAAAUAUAGUGGAUUGAAGAAAGAAGGUGGAUCGAAUAAAGCUACAAGUGGUAUAUUGGAUGGUUAUAAUUACUCGAAGCAAGGUUCUACCAGAGAAUGGGAUGUCGGGAAAUAA